UGGUUCUCAGUUCGUAAAGAGAACGAGGCUGCGCUUGUACGAUCUAUUGACAUAUAUUAAAUAAUUCUUAUAUAAUUUUAAAUUCAAAUUAUGUAAUUAUUUAUUACAAAGACAUUAUAAAAUUCUAAAUAAAAAUAAAAUUGAGGAUCCAUGUGAAAGUUGUAAUCACUUACAUAUAUAUACUUACAUAUAUGUUAAAAUUCUAGACUUAAAAUAUAAUUAAGCAAUCUUGUGAAAGUUGUUAAGUAAGUAGUGAAAAUGAGUAAGUCAUCGAGUAAGGAGCCGCACACCUUCGACACCGACCGGCUGAUGCACGACCUGGGCCAGUUCCGGUCGUUUCAUUUGAUGAACUAUUUGCUGCUGGCGUUCACCGUUUUUGCUGCGGCACUUUACGCGAUCAAUUACGUAUUCCUGGCUGCAGAUGUGCCUUACAGAUGCGUGGUACCAGAGUGCGAAGCAUCCAACAGUACAGAUUACAGCCCGCUAUGGCUGGAAGCCGAGCUGCCGGCCGGGGGGCGGGAGCGGCGCUGCUCCCGGAGGUCUCCUCUAGACCCUCAGGAGUCCUGCGACGGCGCCACCUUUUCCGAGGAACUGCAGGAGUGUGACCAGUGGCUGUACGCAUCCAACGAUACUAUUGUGACUGAGUUUAACCUGGCGUGCCAGGAGUGGAAGCGCACCCUGGUGGGCACCAUACACAACAUCGGGAUGCUGUUCUCGUUGCCUAUCUUCGGAUACAUCUCCGACCGUUGGGGUCGCAAACGUGCCUUGAUCCUGAGCUGCACGCUGGUCGGAGCUAUCGGCUCGCUCAAGGCUUUCUCAAUUUCCUAUGAGAUGUAUGUCAUUAUCGAGUUCCUGGAGACACUCGCUGGUGCCAGUGCUUUCCCCGCCGCCUACAUCCUCACAAUUGAACUCCUUGGUCAAGACAAACGAGUAUUGACUACAGCAUUUCUGGGCAUCCUGUUAGUAUUAGGAGGUCUCAGCUUCGCAAUGCUUGCAAAGACUUUUUCGUACUGGCGUACAUUCAUCCUUGUAGUGUAUCCUCCAUCUUUGCUAUUCAUCUCCUACAUCUAUCUACUCCCCGAGAGCAUCAGAUGGCUACUAUCUAAAGGUUACAAAGAAGAAGCUGUACAAAUAAUAAUGAGGGCAGCUAAGAUGAAUAAAGUGACAUUAUCAGAUGAAACCAUGAAACAGUUGAAUGAGGAGAAGCAGAAACCGGUAGAACAGAAGAAAGAGGAGUCGGAAGAGCAAGGAUUAUGGAUGCAGGUGCUGAAGUCUCCAAUUAUAAUGACACGAUUGGCUAUUUGUUCCUGGUGGUGGAUAACUUGUACGUUUGUGUUCUACGGGCUGGCCAUCAACUCGGUGUCGCUGGCUGGUGACAAGUAUACGAACUACAUGCUGGUUGUGAGUGUGGAGGUGAUUGCAGUGGUCACCAACGCGCUGGUGCUGGAUAGGAUUGGAAGGAAGCGGACGUUGCUGGUGGCGUACAUUGUGUGCGGGCUGUCGUGCGUGGCGAUAACGUUUGUUCCUAAAUCUCUGCCAUGGCUGGUGACAACACUGUACCUGUUGGGGAAGAUAGCGAUUACGCAGGCGUUCAGCGGCAUCUACAUGUACACCUCGGAGCUGUUCCCCACGCACGCACGGCACUCGCUGCUCGGCUUCUGCUCCAUGGUCGGCCGGAUAGGGUCCAUCGUGGCGCCGCAGAUGCCUCUACUGGCGAUCUACGUGGAUUGGCUGCCAUCAGUGCUGUUCGGCGGUGCUGCACUCGUGGCCGGCGGUCUGAUGCUGACCACGCCAGAGACGCUGAACACGAGGUUACCUGACACCAUAAAGGAAGCGGAGCAGAUUGCGAGCCGCAAGAUUACACCCGCCGGCGUCACAGAAGACAUACAAAUGAAUAAUUCUAGGCUAUAGAUAUAAAUUUCAUAUUUAUUUUGUAAGACGAUUGGUCACAGCUAAAAUUUGUCAUAGAAAAACCCUUCUGCUAUUGCAAAUCUCGCCAUUUCCUGGGAAACUUAACAGGCCUUAGGUAAAUGCGAUUUUAGAGAAUUUACCUCCAGCUAAUGCUCAGAUUGUGGUAGAACUUAAGAAAUUGCAAAACUUAAUACGCAUUGUGAUAAGGUUUCUUAAGAGUCGGUAACUCGUAAGUGAUUCGGUUGUUUUAGGCGUUCAUAGACUAUGGUAACCGUUUACCAUCGAAUUACUCGUAUGCUUGUUUGUAACAAAUUUUUUCUUUUGAAAAUUUUAAUUCCUUCAUAAUAUUGCUAUUUACUGUGACCUCUACACAUUUACACUACAACUUUUUUGAAACAUGUACUGUUUCUUAUUCAUGAUCCUCUGCUGAGUUAUGAUCAGUAAUGCUCCAGUAGAAACAUGAAGGCGGUACUUUCACAAUGUGCAUACAUUAAUUUUGGUUCAAUACAGAAUAUUUCUACCAUACUCUUCAUACUAUAGAAAUUACUUAUGUAAGGACAAAAGACUGAUAGUACUCACUAGUAAACAUGUGACAAAUCUAAACUGUGAUCAAAUGUAUAACAGAUAUAGGUACGUAGCUAUAGAUGACGUUACGAAUUUUAAUUUAUAUGAAUCUGAACGUGUCACUUCUUGUCUUGGUGUUUCAAUAGCUAUUAAUUUGAACAGAGUUUGUUUACAUCAACAGCAAACUAAAAUGAGUUGACAUACACGUAAAAUUAGUGCAAUUACGA